AUGGGUCAGUUAUUCUCUGAUACAUCUAAGGAUGAAGACCAUGGAGAUUUGGUGUCCAGCUUCACUAAAUAUUUUAAGAAGAUUAAAACAGAAAACAAAAUUAUUUCUCAGGAAACCAUUCGUUUAAUAGAAUUUCAUCUGAAAAGAGGAAACAUUCGGGAGGCACACUCUGUAAUCAGUGAUGCAUUAAAAAAUAUUGAUGACGUCCCAAUCAACAUUGCUGUGACAGGCGAGUCUGGAGCAGGGAAGUCCAGCUUCAUCAAUGCCCUGAGGGAACUUAGACCUGAAGAGGAAGGUGCAGCCGAAACUGGGGUAGUAGAGACAACUAUGAUGAGAUCUCCAUACAAACACCCCAAAAUUAAAAAUUUGAUUUUAUGGGACCUGCCUGGCAUUGGAACUAUGAAAUUUCCAUCAAAAGUUUAUCUGGAAAAAGUAAAAUUCCAAGAAUAUGACUUCUUCAUUAUUGUUUCUGACACACGUUUUACAAAACUUGAACUAGACCUUGCCAAAGCAAUCAGAAUUAUGAAAAAGAAUUACUACUUUGUGAGAUCAAAAGUGGACAUUGAUUUACAAAAUGAAAAGGAAUCCAAACCAUGUGCCUUUGACAGAGAAAAGAUCCUGCAGCUGAUCCGAAGCUCCUGUGUGAAUUCCUUUCGUGACAAUAACAUGGAUGUACCACAGGUUUUCUUGAUUUCCAACCACGAUUUAUUUGACUAUGAUUUUCCAGUCCUGACGGACACCUUGAUAAAGGAUCUUCCUAAUCAAAAGCGCUACAAUUUUGUGCUUUCCUUGCCUAAUAUCACGGAGGCAGUCAUUGACAGAAAGCACACGUCUAUGCUUCAGUUUAUCUAUUUACAAACCUCCAUGCUUGAAUUGUUCACUCUUCUUCAUGUACCAGGCAGGGAGUGUGUCAAGGAGAAGCUGGCAGUAAGUUUAAACCAUUAUCGAGUUCUCUUUGGAGUGGAUGAUACAUCCUUAGAAUCCAUUGCUAAGGAUUCCCAAGUGCCUGUUGAACAACUGAAAAAAGUAGUUAAAUCUCCCUAUUUGUUUGAAACUAAGAAUAGGGAAACAUUAGGAAAAAAGUUUUCCCAAUAUUUAGAGAAAUUGUAUAAUGAUAAGCUCCUUGUUAUAGAUCCUGACAUUGAGAAAAUCUUUUAUUUUCAACGGGCUUUCCUUGACACAGUGACUGAAGAUGCCAAAGUUCUCCUUAGAGAGACAUUGAAAAAACUAGUUCAAACUCAUCCUAUCCACAGCCACUGA